AUGGCGGAAGCGGGUGAGAUAAAAGGAAAGCAAGUUUUCUGUGAUGUUUGUGGAGUAACUUUGCCUUCAGGUGAGGACAACCUUGCAUGCCAUGAAUAAAAGCUUAAUUCUUUUAUAGUCAAAGAUUUCAUCCUUCUUGUGUUGUUCGCUCUGACGAAGGGCCAACGCUAGAGACGUCAGCUUUGAAACUCUUAACGGUGGCCAAUUUACAUUGUCAACUCAGUUGAUAACACCAAAAUUAUCUUGUUAUACUCCCCCAACGACGCAGCACCACAGUUCCUUUAAAAUUUUUGCACGGCUUUCCACGUUUUAACUGCGUCUGUAUUAUCAGUCAGAAUUCACUCAUUGACGGAUUUGAAUUUCUAUUUCUGUAAGCGUCAGUGAGGAAUCAAGUCUCGUCUUUGCUCGUAAGCUGUGGAGCUUUUAUCUUGGAAGUAAAAUUCGCGAAAUUCGGGUCGUUCGUCUUAUUAAACCUCUACACUCUAGCAUCAGUAUAAAUAUUCUCCAUGCUGUUCUCUAUACAUCUCUCGAGGUACUUACAUGGGGAAUUGGUUUAAAAAUCAAGAGCUCCUUAAGUUGGUGAUAAUUUUCUUUAGUCUUGUGACCUUAAUUUUUUAAUUAGGGGUAAUAUUGUAAGAAAUAUACGUGUCGCUCUAAGGGGUCAGCAAAGGGUUAAGUUUCAAUUCCUUACAUAAACGAUUUUCACUUUUUUAUGCAAGUUCUAAUUAAUUUACUAUACAGGUCUGCAGCUCCAGAUCUAGCAAAACUCCUCAAGCUGAAUUAUAUUUCAAGUUUGAUUCGUAUUGUAACCUUAUCUUAAGAAAUGCAGAAUCGAAAGGACUGACAUUUUAUAUAGUACAUGUAACAAAUUCUUUUCAUUUUGUCACUUAUUUUUCUACAAUUAAUUUCUUAGCUUUGCUUCUCCAAACCCACAACAAUGGCAAAAAACAUCAAAGGUUACUGAAGUUAAAACAAGAAAGAGAAUCUUCUUCAAGGAGGAGCAUUUAUGUUCGAGGCUUUCAAAACUCAGGAUCCAUAGAAGAAGAUUUAGGAAAAUACUUUAGCGUGUAUGGAAAAGUCUCAAACAUAUUCUUGGAUAAAGAUAAGGUAUUUUAACCCUUUACACCUGAAUAUCAGUGUCCAUAUCCUCCAUACUCCACUCUAUGCAUUUUCUUUGCUGACAAGGAGAAUCAAAGCUGCACAUGCAUAGAUUGGCAAUCAUUUCCAUCAUCCUCAUGAACUUAUUGACUGAUUUAAAGAAAAAAUUACAAGCUGGUCACUUGUAGGCUUUAAACAGAAUGAUCUAAUUGGUGAAGACAUACUUGUGUAGUAAAAAGAAAAGGCAGGGUGACAUCUAUAGCCAUUUGAGGGAAUCCAAGCUUGAAAUGAAUAAACAAAUUAAUUUCAUAAAUGAUUAUUUUGGAAGGGUUGGAUUCCAGAAAAUUCUCUUGUUAAUCCUGUGGGAGGCCUGAUGUUUUUUCGUUUGUGAUGUUUACAUCCAGGAAAGAGAUUUUAUUUUAUUUUAAAAUUCCUUGAAAUGGCUCCCAGCAAGCUUUUUGAUUGCAAGUCAUAUUUCAAGUUUAUCAGAAAUGUGGAAGUUGCUUAAUAAUUUGAUAAAAUUAUUGUUUUCUUGUUGUUUUUGAUCAGGGCAAUGAAUGUACGUCAUUCUAAGCUUCUAUUGUUAUAAAUAGGAGGGAAUUCUUAGGAAACAGCUAUUAUUUCAAAUGAGUGCUAGCAGUAAAAUAUAAAAUAUUAAGUAAAAAAUAUUGGGUUAUGAUAAAACUCUCCCUUGUGAACCAUAAUGCUUGAUAAUUGGAUGGUAAAUGAAAAUUUGUCUUAAUUUCUUUUGUUUCCAGGGUGUUUUUGCAAUAGUGGAGUUUGACAGUGAAGAAAGUGUUACAAAAGUGCUGAGUCAACUGCAGUCAUUACCACCUCUGCAUAAAAAACACUUAACAGUGAAAGAAAGGACAGUAGCUAAAACAAGCGAUCAAUUUAAAAUACAAAAACCCAAAAAGCGGGGUCAUGAUGACCCUGAGCAACACCAUCAUGGGCGUUUGGGAAGCAAAGAGAUGGCAAACUUUUUAUCUAAGGAUCUCAUUGUCAAACUGAAUUCAUUGAUGACAGUAUGUGGAAACACUAGAUGAGUUCUACAUGUACCUUGCUAUUUUAAUUUAGAUACAACCAAAUAAUACUUGCCCUUUGCACUUUAAUGAGUGAUCCUCAGCUACAAAUCUGGCCAGUGAUUGCCACUUUUUCAUUUCAUCAGUUUCACCAGUAGCUGGUGCUUAGUGUCAACACUGAUCUACCAAAAUUUUUGAUCAUGGAUUUUAAAAUCCCUGGAGCACUUAAAAUGUAAACUAUCCAACACAUGUGUAUAUUGUCUAUAACCUCAAACCCUCUAAUAACUACUUGAUAUAUUGAAUAACUGUAUGAUAGCCACAGGAGAGAAACAACUCACAUGUUAGGUCUCAUUGUUUCAUUACACUGUAUAACUGGCUUGCAUUUACACUGUCAGGUAGAUGAGCAAGUGAAUCUUUUGAUGCAGCAAUUGUGUCUCACUGAUGAAGACAUCAAAUUAAGACGUUUAGUUUGUCAGCUGCUACAAGAGGUGUUGAGUGAAGUUUAUCCAGGAGCCUCUGUGGUGCCGUUUGGCUCAACUGUUAGUGGAGUGGGAUGGAAGGGAAGUGACUUGGAUCUGUGUUUACUGAUGUCUGAAGUUGAUGAUGCUGUUGUUGAUUACUCUUUAGUUGUUGAUGCACUGCGUAGUUUUGCUCCCGGCUGCACAAACGUCAUACCAGUCUUGACUGCUAAAUGUCCUUUAAUCAAAUUCACACAUCUGCCCUCUGGAUUGUCAUGUGACCUAUCAGUAAACAACAGGUACUAUUAUAAUGGUUGUAUGUUGUCCUUCAGUAGCACCAGUUUCAUAAUUAUAUUAUGGUUUUGACUGAGGCAUUAAGCUAUUAUAACUGCAGCAUUAGAAAUAAGCUUCCAAGCUUUCCCUGAUCUAUCAUCUAACAAUGCUGCGGAACAGCAAAAGCUUGUAUGCAACAGUAGCUUAAGGCCUCUCUUAAAACUAAUUUAUAAACAGGAACUGUACUGCUGCCUUAUGGGAUAAAUGUUCUUGUAGUUCUCAGUGCCAUUUAGGUGCUGAUAGGAUAUAGAUCACGAAUGAUGAUGAUGAUAGCGUUUAUGAUGACAAGUCUUGUGACAAUUAUUGUGGUGAUGUUCAUGAUAAUGGUGUUAUCUAUGUAUAAUGGCCUUAUCUAUGCACAAUUGCUUAUUCAAAUUUUAUGUAUGAAAUGUAGCUAUUUGAUGUGUUCUUAAGGGUCAGGGAAAACCUUAUAAUAAGUUGUGAUCGAGUUUCUUCACAGAAGAGCUAUAUGUGUGCAUGCAUACUUAGUGAUCAGUAUAGACUGGAAUGUACAACAGGAUUCUCUAACAUGAGCCAAGUAUUUACCAUUAGAAAUUGGUUCUCAAUUCAUACGCCAAAUUUUUCCAUUGUAAAAUCUAUUGUAAAAAAUUUACUUUGACUUUCUCUCUGUCUUGACUUGAUUUAUGACUUCCUCUCCUGUUGAGAAAAAGUCUGUCACAGUGACAAAUAACAACAGUCCUAUUUUAGUACAGCCCUUAUAAAUCCGGAUAAUCAGAACAAAAGUUACAGCAUCAUCAAGUCAUGUCACUGAUAAUACCAAUGAUUUCUCAACAGGCUUGGUGUAAGAAACUCAGAGCUCCUUCGCAUCUACAUUUCCCUUGAUCCCAGGAUUCCUCAGCUGGUGUUCAUAGUGAGAGCCUGGGCUAAAGCUCAAGCUUUAACAGCUAGUAGACAGCUGUCAAACUAUGCCUUGACUCUGAUGGUGCUGCACUUCUUGCAAAUGCAACAUCCACCGGUUAUCCCUUCACUACAAUGUAGAUUUGAUGCAUGGAUCAGAGAGCAGUCACAUUCAUUUGAUAUGAAAGAGCCUAGUUCAGAAUUUAUUGACAGCUGGAACUGUUCAUUUUUCACAGAUGUUGCCAAACUUUCCCCUUCACAGAAUACCAAAAGUCUGAGUAAGUAAACUUCAUGUGAUCUUUUGCUUAUUCCAGUUGUAUUCAGAUGUUUUGAAGUAGUCAGUUUUCAGAUCCAGUCAAUAUUAUUUGGCUUCUUGUCAACUUAACUGGGUGGAGUUUUAUUUUAUUGUUUUUCCCAUGUGAGAAACCAUCUACCAUGGACUUACAGUGACAGAAAGAAAUAUGAUAGUAAUAUUUUUUAAAUCCAUGGUUAGUUACACAUGAUAUUAUUAUUGUACUGUUUACAUGUAACCCUUCUUAAUACAAUUGGAGAUGGUCAUCAAAAUACUAGUUUGCAAAGCUCCUGGAAAUUUUAUUUUCAUAUUCAAUUUUUGACAGCUUUCAAACUAUAAGCUUGAAAGGGAAUCAAAACAUUGCAUUUAGUUUAUCAUUUUCAUUAAAAUUGUGAGUUGCUGGCCUACAGAUCUUCAAAACUCAUAAUCAGUUGAAAAUAGUUGUUGACACUCUGACAGUAGCCAGCAGUGUUGAAUCUUUUAAGAGAAAACUCUGCAAUGUAUAUAAUAUAUCUAAUGAUUCCUUUGCUCAUCCACCUAAAGGAGACACUUGACAGUAGAAUUACCUUGUUAACCUCUCUAUUUUGCCUCUUCAACAGUUCAGCUAUUGGAAGAGUUCUUUUGCUUCUUUUCAACUGAAUUUGACUUUGCUAAUUGUGUGGUCAGCAUCAAGACAGGCAAAAAGACAAGUAUUGCAUCAGUGUUGGAAGAGUUAAAGGUUACACCAUGUACAGAAACUAAUGGCAACAUUUCAAUGAUCACAGCUGAUAGUGAUCAAGUAUGUAAAACAAAGUCAACAAAGAAUGAUGAUAGUAAGGAUGCUAACAGGAUGACAAAAGAAACCAUUAAGCAGCAGAACGCAAUGCCAAAUUCAGUCUCGGAAUGUGCUCACACCAGUCCAAGGUUUGGGAAACGACUAGAGUUUAAGAUUGCCCCUUUGUGUGUCCAGGAUCCCUUUGAGCUUGUGCAUAACUUGACACAGAAUACUACUAUGGAAACACUGAAAAACAUGAUUGAAUUAAUGAAGAUGGCUCACAUGAUUUGCCAGGAUUUGAAUAACAGUGUUGAUAAUCCAAAUUCCUCUGGAAAUAAACUCUUGAACCUUUUCACAGUUUGUAAAUCUCCUAAGAGGAGGAAGCAUUCUCAUCGCCAUGAUUUCUUUGUUCAGUAUCAAAACAACAGUUCUCAGGCAACAGACACAGGUUGUGUUAACAACCUGAGUACACCCCAUGCAGUCUUUGUGUUUGUUCUUGAGACGUUAGAGAGAGAGUAUGGAUUUCAAUGUGAAGUAAAAUGUUCCACUAAGGUACCCUGCUCUGGUGCAGCAGAAUCCGGUGUGUCUGGGAAAACCCAGGAUGUCAAAACAUCAGUGGUGCCCCAGCUUUCUGGGCAUAUCUCUGGUGCAGGUUGCAGUGACACUAGAAAUGAAGCCAGGAAAUCAGAGAGAGAAAAAAUAUAUGACCAUGAGUUUUCAGCUGUUUGCAAAGCUUUUGAAAAUACGUGGACCCAUUGUAGAAGAGAACGGCGCAGGUCCCUUCAGCCUCAGAAACAAGACAAUGAAAACAACAAAAGUUUAAGCAAAGAUAAAUUAACUGAUCAAUUGUCAGGAUAUGAAAAAUCAUCUUUUAAUCAGGGUGAGAAGUUUGCAAAUGCUCCUGUUGCCCAUCCUCUUCUUAGUUUUGAGUUGAAUGUAGGCAGUUUUCCUCACAAAGAGGUCAAAAAUGGCUGUACAGUUUUCAUUGAACAUGUUGAAAGUAAAGAAUCUCAGCUAUUCGGAAAUUUCUUCUCUGCUUUUAAGAAGUAUUUCUUGGGUUUAGUAAUGAGGUAAAAAGUUUGUUAGCAAGCAGAGUACAAUAUAAAAAUAUGUACUAAAUAAUUUUAUAGAAACUAUGUAAAACAUUAAAUGAUUAUUUUUCUUAUUAUGGAAAUUAAAAUGUUUGACCAC